CUUAACAGCAAGGACACAGGGUGAGUUAACCUACUUCUGAGCUUUAGUUUACUCAUUUACAAAAUGAAGAUGUGACAUGGACCACACACCUCCGAAAUUGGAUGGGUAAAUCAUUUAGCUUAGCCUCUGACACAGUAAGCACUCACAAGGUUAUCCGAGGAAAUACUGGCAUUGGUAAUGCCAUAAAUAUAAUGACCAUUUCAUUUAGAGAGGAUCCCUUAACUCAAACCUCAGUAUUCCUCAAUUCCAAAUGUAUUCUGUAGCAAAUUGUGGAUGGAGAGGCUGAUAGAUCACUACGCCCUCAGCAGUAUCUUAUGGAGGCCAUUUGGAUUCUUAAGAAGACUGCUCAAAGUGGAAAGCUGUGGAAUAACUGAAUCAAAAUCAUUGAUCCCACUAGCUUGGAUAUCACUGAUCCAGAAACUUAGCAAAGCACCUAAUAUUUUCUUGCUGGAUCAAAGAAAAAGAUUCUCAACCAUGCCUGAAAUAGAAACAGGUCAGAGAGACUCAGACUUGUUUUCACCACCCUCUGAUGUUCGAGGGAUGACAAAACUUGAUAGAACAGCUUUUAAAAAGACAGUCACUAUCCCGGUGCUUAAAGUGAGGAAAGAAAUUGUCAAUAAACUGAUUCGAUCCCUUAAAAGGGCAGCACUGCAACGCCCAGGCAUAAAACGUGUGAUUGAAGAUCCAGAAGAUAAAGAAAGUAGACUAAUUAUGUUGGAUCCCUAUAAAAUGCUUACUAAUGAUUCCUUUGAGCAAGCAGAACUCAGUAUUUUAAAGCAGCUUAAUGUCAGUCCACAGAUAUCCAAAUACAAUUUGGAACUAACUUAUGAAAACUUUAAGUCAGAAGAAGUCUUAAGAGCCGUACUUCCUGAAGGCCAAGAUGUGACUUCAGGGUUUAGCAGAGUUGGACAUAUUGCCCACCUGAACCUUCGAGAUCAUCAACUACCUUUCAAGCAUUUAAUUGGCCAAGUUAUGAUUGACAAAAAUCCAGGAAUCACCUCAGCGGUAAAUAAAAUCAACAAUAUUGAUAAUACGUACCGAAAUUUCCAAAUGGAAGUGCUGUCUGGUGAGGAGAACAUGACAACCAAGGUUCGAGAAAACAACUACACCUAUGAAUUUGAUUUUUCAAAAGUCUAUUGGAACCCCCGUCUCUCUACAGAACACAGCCGUAUCACAGAACUUCUCAAACCUGGAGAUGUCCUAUUUGAUGUUUUUGCUGGGGUUGGGCCCUUUGCCAUUCCAGUAGCAAAGAAAAAUUGCACUGUAUUUGCCAAUGAUCUCAAUCCCGAAUCCUAUAAAUGGCUGUUACACAACUGUAAAUUAAAUAAAGUGGAAAAAAAGGUAAAAGUCUUUAACUUGGAUGGGAAAGACUUCCUCCAAGGACCAGUCAGAGAAGAGUUAAUGCAGCAGCUGGGACCACUGUCAAAAGAAAGAAAACACUCUGUGCACAUUGUCAUGAACUUACCAGCAAAGGCGAUCGAGUUUCUCGGUGCUUUCAAAUCACUUUUGGAUGGGCAGCCAUGUGGCAGUGAGCGCCUUCCCAUAGUACACUGUUACAGCUUUUCCAAAGAUGCGAAUCCUGCCGAGGAUGUUCAGCAGCAAGCUGAAGCUGUGUUAGGCAUUUCUUUGGAAGCAUGCAGUUCAGUUCACCUAGUAAGAAAUGUGGCCCCUAACAAGGAGAUGUUGUGCAUCACCUUUCGGAUACCUGCUGCGAUACUCUACAAGAACCACACUCUAGAUCUAGAGAGUCGUGAAGAUCCUCCACCUCUUAAACGCCACAGGACAGAAAAAGCCUUUUCAGAAGAAAAGAUAGCAAUCGCUUAAAUCACUUAAUUAAAAAUGUUUUCUCCAUUGCCCCACUAUAUCCUUACGUAGUGAAAUAGAAUUUGUACGAUUUCAUAAAAUUUUAGCAUUUAGUUACCUUGGUAUUGAACUGUUAAAUUUACCCAUGCUAGCUUAUAAAUCAAGGAUUAUCAAAUAAAGUUUUAAUGAAAUAAAGUUUACUAAACAUUUUUAUUACCUAAAUUAUGCUACAUAAUUUUAAAAUCUAAAUUAUUUAAACAAGUUUAAAUAUGUCUAUCUCUUGGGAAAGUAGUUUUGGAAAGCAGGAUAAUGGCAUACUAAGUAAGAAAGCACUAAUAGCACUUUGCAGUGAUCCUUAGCUAAAGACCAUAGCUAAGUUUUAUAUGGUACUCUUGUACUAUCACUAUAAAAGUGAUAAAAAUUAUUUAGAUCAGGGAUAUGCAACCAUGUCUGGUAGGCCAAAUCUGCCUCCUACCUGUUUUUGUAUGGCAAGUGGCUUGAAAAUGGUUCUUUCAUGGUAUAAAGGGAGAGUUGAAUAGUUGUAACAUAGAUGCGAUGUGUCUCAUCCCUUUAUACUUCUCAGCACAAAUCACAAUGACACUGUAAUAAUUCAACCAAAUUUUCAUUGCUAUGUAUGUCACAAAGCAAUACAUUUUAUUAUAACCAGUGUAUAUCUAUCACUUGAAAACAAGAAAAGUAGACUUUUUUAAGGUACAGUGGAGUGUGAAUGAUUUUGAUACUGAGUUAGAUGACAAAGCACCUACAUCUGUGCUAAAAUACAAAUGUAUUUUGACCAAACCAAAAGAAGUGCUCACCACAGUAUUUCCAAUUCACAGGCAAGCAACUGUCCAAAAAAUUAGAAAUUUAAACUGGAAAUAUUAUAGAACUCCUUCACAAUUAAAAAUGAAAACAAGACUACAACCAGAGUAAGUAUCCAAGUGACUUGUAAGCCAAGCAAUGACAGCCAUUUAAUUAAUUCACUAACUGUGAAUGAAUUGUGUUUGAAUGCAGCAUCCAAAGAAAUGU